AUGGCAACUUACUAUAGUAGAAAAUCUAUAAAGAACACUCGUAUUCAGCACGCGCGGUCGGAUAACAGACAUAUCAAAUUCUGCACCGACUUCGAUAACUCAAUUGUGAUAAAUAACUUUGUGAGACGGGGCUGGAAACAAGUGACUCCGAAUGACGAUUGGAACAUAUAUUGGUCGAACACAACCAACUGUCGCAAUAUAUUCAACUUGGACAACGGAAGCCGUCUCAACGAGAAUCAAUUAAUUAACCAUUUUCCAAAUCACUAUGAACUGGUACGUAAAGAUUUACUAGUGAGAAACAUUAAGCGAUAUCGAAAAGAAUUGGAAAAGGAAGGAAAUCCACUAGCGAAGAAAGCUGAAAUCAAAUUACCAAAUGGACAAACUGUGAAUCAGUACUUAUACCUCAAUUUCAUUCCGGUAACCUACGUAUUACCUUCAGAUUACAACAUGUUUGUUGAAGAAUUCCGAAGAUUUCCACAGAGCACUUGGAUCUUGAAACCUUGCGGAAAAUCCCAAGGCGCCGGCAUUUUUCUUAUAAACAAGCUGUCCAAACUUAAAAAAUGGUCUCGUGAAUCAAAAAAAUAUCUUCAACAUCAACUCAGUAGUAGAGAUACGUACGUUAUAUCACGCUAUAUAGAUAAUCCCCUUUUGAUCGGAGGGAAAAAAUUUGAUUUGAGGAUUUACGUCCUCGUUACAUCUUUUCGACCUUUAAAAGCUUAUAUGUUCCGAAACGGAUUUUGUAGGUUUUGCACUAUGAAAUACGACACGAGCGUCACUGAGCUUGACAAUAUGUAUGUUCACUUGACAAAUGUAAGCGUACAAAAACACGGUGGGGAUUACAACAGCCAACACGGUGGGAAGUUGGAUAUUAAUAAUUUAAAGCUUUACCUUGAAGGGACGCGGGGUGGAGUAGUAACACAGCAGCUUUUCGAAGAAAUACAAUGGUUAAUCGUUCAUUCUUUGAAGGCGGGUGCUCAAGUUAUAGCUAAUGAUCGACAUUGUUUCGAAUGUUACGGCUAUGAUAUAAUUAUUGAUGACAAUCUAAAGCCGUGGCUUAUCGAAGUGAAUGCAUCUCCUUCGAUGACAGCUACGACAGCGAAAGACAGAAUAAUGAAAAAUAAAUUGGUUGAUAAUUUAUUAUCAGUAGUUUUACCCCCAGAUGGUAUUCCAGAUAUCCGUUGGAACAAAGCUCCUUCUAAAGAAGCAUUGGGAGAUUUUCAGGUGCUUAUAGAUGAAGAUAUCAUGUAUAAAGCUGAUAUGGAAAUUCUUCAAAGGGAAAAUAGUGUUUCUGGUAAAUAAAAUAAAUUACGUUUUUUUACUACUCUGAUUACCUUUUUUGACAAAAUAAAAAUUUUCGACCAAUGAGAGCGAAAUUGUUAUUAAACUCAAUUAGCGUCUUGACAAACAUGACUAUUGGCUACAAAAGACAUGUGAGUUAGUGUGUAAAAGUACAAGUCGUAAAUGUUCUCACUGAAAAAACUUUAUAUUAAUACGAGUAUAAUUGAGUGUAUCAGAAAAGCUAAAAAUGGUAAAAAUGAAUUAAUAGGUGCUUAACCCAAAGUUAACUCUAUACUGAAAGAUGUAAAAUUUCUAACUUU